GGGGGGGGGGGUGAAAACCGCAAUUACCUUUAAAGUAUGCCACUGCGUACCCGUCCUAGGAAAAAUCUCUAGCUACGACCAUGUCGUCUAGUCUAGACAAAUACGAGCUAUUAAGGUUAACACAUUAUAUUAACAUUGACACAAAUAUCGUGCAGCUUCAAGUUCACAACAAUUCUGUGACUCUGAUGUUGCAGAUGUCUAACUGCGUCAUAAAAUAAAAUUUGGAUUCACUAUUUCAUUACCGCAAUCUAUAGGGGCGUUCCCAUAUCCUGUUACAUGGUAACAGCCCAGUUUAUCACCAAUCAUGGUCUGGUCCACAUGUUUGAUCAUAUUGGGCAUUGUUCAUCUAACGAUCUGCAAAGAUUGUGUCAUUGACAACCGACCACAGUAUGGGCAAUGGGAAAAGCAGCUACACAAAGAUCUUAGCAAAUGCCAAGAAGAUUUUGAAGCACCCACUAACAACACCAUCAUCAAAAUACGGGUUGUAAUGAAAUAUUUCGUUGUGGACGAUUAUGAGGGCUCCAUGACUAUGGAGAGCAUAACUUUGAUAUCUUGGACCGAUAAAAGACUCAUUUGGAAUCCGAAAGACUACUACGGAAUCGCCGAAACAUAUUAUCGGAAUUACGAAUAUUGGUUGCCGCCAAUAAUGAUAAUAAACAACGCCGCAGACAGGGAUGAUGUUUUUUAUCACGAAUUUUGCAACUUGAAAUAUAAUGGUGAAGUCAUGUGUAUGCCAAAGUUGAAAAAUAAGGCUCCCUGCAUCUCUUUCACUCGAAAUUGGCCUUACGAUACCAACAUUUGCAAUUUCGAUUACGGCCAAGCCCCAUUCUAUGAGAAGAAGAAUCUAAUCCUCGUUCCGAAAUUUAACAAGACUGCAAAUAUAUUUGGAGCAGAAUAUGGGGCAGAAUGGAUAAUCACCGACUAUCGUGAUUAUUUCAACGUGACCGAUAAAAUCAAGCUCAGAUUAACAUUCACACUUGAGCGUAACGCCGAGGGUCUCGGGGCAGUCAUGAUUUUACCAUCAACCCUGUUGGCAGUACUCACAGUUGUAACAUUAUUUCGUGAUGUGAACAACUUUAAACGUUUCUGGUUUACAUGUUUCUCUGUGCUUUGCCAUUUCUAUAUAUUGCUAAUAACCAAUGCUAGAGUGCCAAAAGCCGGUUCUGGUAUACCAGCUAUAUUGAUUUUCUGUAGAUUUUCUCUGUUACUGACUAGUGUUUUAGUGAUUUUAUCUUUGGGCUUAAAACGAUUGAGAAACCGCACGACGAUACCUCCUAAUUGGAUAGGAUCUGUAACGAGUUCUGUGUUUGACUCUCGCGCUAAAUAUUUAAUUUGGCCUCGAUGGAAAAACAAAUCGAAUGUUCUGACUUUCGAUUCUGUAAACACGAAAGACAUUGAAACGUGGAAUAAUUUCUGUAGUAUACUUAAUUGUGGUUUAUUGAUGAUCUGUUCGACAGCAUAUGUGUUAAUGAUAAUAUUAUAUGUGCCGAGACCACCACCUUUGACAUUUUAGGGUGUUAUUAUUAACUUUAAUUUAUCAGAUUAAGAAAAGUUAUCCCACUAAUAGAACAAAUUUAAAAUUCAAUAAAAUAAAAUGGAACAAAAUCUGUUUAUUGUAUUAUUUUUAUAAUUUUUGUGGUUAGAUAUCUUGGCCGUCGCUUAAUGUUAAAUAAGCGACCCACCUGGCUUCGCAUGGCUGCAACUUAUAAGAAAUUGAGAAGUGUUAAGAUUUUAAUACAAAUCAUCAAAUCCCAACUCUGGAUUAACUUUCUUGUGAUUUCCGGUUAACUUUAAAAAAAACUUAAAGAAACCUUGUUAUGACAAUAAACAAUAUAACAAAGAAAGAAAAUGCAUAAAGCAGUCUUUUUAAAUAUUAUUAUGUGCAUACAAACGUUUAGGAGAUUCUUUCAUUUAUAUAGAAGAUUAAUCAAGUAGAUUCAUAAAUCUAAUGGAAAAGUUGUUUAUUAUAUUUAUUUUAAGUAUUAACUGCUAGAUUUAUAAAUGUAACGAAAAUUUUCCUAGAAAAAAAAGCCUCAAUCUCCACCUGCCAUUGAUGUCGCGCUAGCAUAGUUGGUUAGUGCAUCCGCCCAGAUAGCGGAGGGUGGAGGUUCGGGUUCCAUCUGCUGCCUGGACCGCAUGCAUUUUUUUCUAAUAAAGUUUUCUUUAGAUUUAUAAAUAAAAAACUAAUUACAGAUCUUACUGGUCCACAAGUAGAUAUUUAACACCAUCAAAGUUAUACAUUUGAGUCCCAUGUGAAUGAAGUUGCGGGAUAACUGCAGUAUGUAAUUAAGUUGUUGUAAAAAAAGAUAUCCUAAAAUAAUUGCGUCAUUAAAAUCUAAUUUAAUUUCACGAUUGCAUUGCUACAAUCUGGCAGGCGUUCCCAUAUCGUGUUACAUGGUAACAGCUCAGUUUAUCUCCAGUCAUGUUCUGGUCCACAUGUUUGAUCAUCUUGGGGGUAGUUCCUCUAACGAUUUGCAUAGAUUGUGUCAUUAACAGCAGGCCAAAGUAUUGGCAAUGGGAGAAGCAGCUGCACAAAGAUCUUAGCAAAUGUCAACAAGUUUUUGAAGCACCCUCUAAUAACACCAUCGUCAACAUAGUCGUCGUGAUGAAAUAUUUCGUUGUGGAUGAUGAUGAAGGCUCCAUGAAUAUAAAGAGUUUGAUUAUGAUAUCUUGGACCGAUAAAAGACUCAUUUGGAAUCCGAAAGACUACUACGACAUCGAUGAAACAUAUUUCUUCACCCACGAAUAUUGGGUACCGCGAUUAAUGAUAAUACACGCCGAAGCAGUAAAUGAUGAAGUCAUUUAUUACGGAUUUUGCAGAUUGAGAUAUAAUGGUGAAGUCGAGUGUUUAGCGAAGUUGGAGAGUGAGGUUCCCUGUAUCUCUUUUACCCGAAACUGGCCUUACGAUACUAAAAUCUGCAGUUUCAAUUACGGCCAGUCUCCUUAUGAAAAGAGGAAUAUAAUCCUUGUUCCAAGACUUAACAAGACUGCAAGAUUUGAUUCAGAUUUUGGGGCAGAGUGGAUAAUCACCGACUAUCGAGAUUAUUUCAACGUGACCAAUAAAAUCAAGCUCAGAUUAACAUUCACAUUUGAACGUAACGCCGAGGGUCUUGGGGCAGUCAUGAUUUUACUAUCAACCCUGUUGGCAGUACUCACAGUUGUAACAGUAUUUCGUGAUGUGAACAACUUUAAACGUUUCGGGUUUACAUGUUUCUCUGUGCUUUGCCAUUUCUAUAUAUUGCUAAUAACCAAUGCUAGAGUGCCAAAAGCCGGCUCUGGUAUACCAGCUAUAUUGAUUUUCUGUAGAUUUUCUCUGUUACUGACUAGUGUUUUAGUGAUUUUAUCUUUGGGCUUAAAACGAUUGAGAAACCGCACGACAAUACCUCCUAAUUGGAUAGGAUCUGUAACGAGUUCUGUGUUUGACUCUCGCGCUAAAUAUUUAAUUUGGCCUCGAUGGAGAAACAAAUCGAAUGUUCUGAUUUCCGAUUCUGUAAACACCAAGGAUAUUGAUACGUGGAAUAAUUUCUGUAGUAUCCUUAAUUGUGUUUUAUUGAUGCUUUGUUUGAUGGCUUAUAUGUUCAUGAUAAUAUCAUAUGUACCCAGACCACCACCUUUGGCAUUAAAAUGGGUGUCUUAAUCUACACUUCAUCAGAUUAAGAUAUUUCACAUUCAUUGAACUAUUUAAAAUUCAAUAACAAAAUUAAUUAAAUUAUAUUACUAUUUAUUUGAUUAUUUGUAAGUUUUUGUGGUUAGUGUUCUUGUCCGUGCAUUUAUGUUAAACAAGCAACCCGCCUGGCUUCGCACGGGUGUAUAAAAUGAGAAAUUCCGAUUCCGUUUUAUUUAUAUAGAAGAUUAGUCAAGCAGAUUAAAAAAUCCAAUGAAAAUUUAGUUUCCAAAAAAACUAGUUACGGGUUUUACUGGUCUACAGUUAAAUAUUUGCAGUUGUUGUAAAAAAAUGUAACCUAAAAUAAGUGGGUCAUAAAAUCAAAUUUAAUUACAUGAUUUUAUUGCCGCAAUCUAAAGGGGCGUUCCCAUAUUGUGUUACAUAGUAACAGCUCAGUUUAUCUCCAGUCAUGGUCUGGUCCACAUGUUUGAUCAUCUUGAGCGUUGUUCAUCUGAUGAUUUGCAAAGAUUGUGUCAUCGAUAACCGAUCACAGUAUUGGCAGUGGGAGAAGAAGCUACACAAUGACCUUAACAAAUGCCAACGAUUUACAAAAACACAUUCUAACAACACCAUCGUCAACAUCCGUGUCCACAUGAGAUAUUUCGUCGUUGACGACGAUGAAGGAUCUAUGACUAUGCAAAGUAUGACUAUAAUAUCUUGGACCAACAAAAUACUCAUUUGGAAUCCGCAAGACUACCACGAAAUCAGCGUAACACCGGUCUUGUCAUAUGAACAUUGGGUGCCGCAAUUGAUAGUAAUACACGACGAAUCAGACAGUACGUAUAUCUCUUUUUACCAUUAUGGGUCCUGCAACUUGAAAUAUAAUGGUAAAGUCAUGUGUAUAUCGAAGUCGGAGAGUAAGGUCCCCUGCAGCUCUUUUACCCGGAACUGGCCUUACGAUACUAAAAUCUGCAGUUUCAAUUAUGGCCAGUCUUCUUAUGAAAAGAAGAAUAUAAUACUUGUUCCAAGAUUUAACAAGACUGCAAGAUUUGAUUCAAACUUUGGGGCAGAGUGGAUGAUCACCGACUAUCGUGAUUAUUACAACGUGACCGAUGAAAUCAAGCUCAGAUUAACAUUCACACUUAAACGUAGCGCCGAGGGUCUCGGAGCAGUCAUUUUCUUACCGUCAAUCCUGUUGGCCGUACUCACAGUUGUAACAGUAUUUCGUGAUGUGAAUAACUUCAAACGUUUCUGGCUGACAUGUUUCUCUGUGUUUGGCCAUUUCUAUACAUUGGUAAUAAUCAAUGCUAAAGUGCCAAAAGCCGGUUCUGGUAUACCAGCUAUAUUGAUAUUCUGUAAAUUUUCUCUGUUACUGACUAGUGUUUUAGUGAUUUUAACUUUGGGCUUAAAACAACUGAGAAACCACACAACGGUACCUGCUAAUUGGAUAGGAUCUGUAACAAGUUUUGUGUUUGAUUCUCGUGGUAAAUAUUUAAUUUGGCCUCGAUGGAAAAACAAAUCGAAUUUUCUGACUUCCGAUUCUGCAAACACGAAAUACAUUGAAACGUGGAAUAAUUUCUGUAGUAUCCUUAAUUGUGUUUUAUUGAUGCUCUGUUUGACGGCUUAUAUGUUCUUAAUAAUAUUAUAUGUGCCCAGACCACCACCUUUGGCAUUAAAAUGGGUGUUUUAACCUACACUUCACCAGAUUAAGAUAUUUCACAUUCAUUGAACUAUUUAAAAUUCAAUAACAAAAUUAAUUAAAUUAUAUUACUAUUUAUUUGAUUAUUUGUAAGUUUUUGUGGAUAGUGUUCUUGUCCGUGCAUUUAUGUUAAACAAGCAACCCGCCUGGCUUCGCACGGGUGUAUAAAUUGAGAAAUUCCGAUUCCGUUUUAUUUAUAUAGAAGAUUAGUCAAGCAGAUUAAAAAAUCCAAUGAAAAUUUAGUUUCCAAAAAAAAAUAGUUACAGGUUUUACUGAUCUACAGUUAAAUAUUUGCAGUUGUUGUAAAAAAAUGUAUCCUAAAAUAAGUGGGUCAUAAAAUCAAAUUUAAUUACAUGAUUUUAUUGUCGCAAUCUAAAGGGGCGUUCCCAUAUUGUGUUACAUGGUAACAGCUCAGUUUAUCUCCAGUCAUGGUCUGGUCCACAUGUUUGAUCAUCUUGAGCGUUGUUCAUCUGAUGAUUUGCAAAGAUUGUGUCAUCGAUAACCGAUCACAGUAUUGGCAGUGGGAGAAGAAGCUACACAAUGACCUUAGCAAAUGCCAACGAUUUACAAAAACACAUUCUAACAACACCAUCGUCAACAUCCGUGUCCACAUGAGAUAUUUCGUCGUUGACGACGAUGAAGGAUCUAUGACUAUGCAAAGUAUGACUAUAGUAUCUUGGACCAACAAAGUACUCAUUUGGAAUCCGAAAGACUACCACGAAAUCGGCGUUACACCAUUCUGGUCCUAUGAAUAUUGGGUGCCGCAAUUGAUAGUAAUACACGACGAAUCAGACAGUACGGAUAUCUCUUAUUACCAUUAUGGGUCCUGCAAAUUGAAAUAUAAUGGUAAAGUCAUGUGUAUGUCGAAGUUGGAGAGUAAGGUCCCUUGCAUCUCUUUCACCCGAAACUGGCCUUACGAUACUAAAAUCUGCAGUUUCAAUUACGGCCAGUCUCCUUAUGAAAAGAAGAAUAUAAUCCUUGUUCCAAGAUUUAACAAGACUGCAAGAUUUGAUUCAGAUCUUGGGGCAGAGUGGAUGAUCACCGACUAUCGUGAUUAUUACAACGUGACCGAUAAAAUCAAGCUCAGAUUAACAUUCACACUUAAACGUAGCGCCGAGGGUCUCGGAGAAGUCAUUUUCUUACCGUCAAUCCUGUUGGCCGUACUCACAGUUGUAACAGUAUUUCGUGAUGUGAAUAACUUCAAACGUUUCUGGCUGACAUGUUUCUCUGUGUUUGGCCAUUUCUAUACAUUGGUAAUAAUCAAUGCUAAAGUGCCAAAAGCCGGUUCUGGUAUACCAGCUAUAUUGAUAUUCUGUAAAUUAUCUCUGUUACUGACUAGUGUUUUAGUGAUUUUAACUUUGGGCUUAAAACAACUGAGAAACCGCACAACGGUACCUGCUCAUUGGAUAGGAUCUGUAACAAGUUUUGUGUUUGAUUCUCGUGGUAAAUAUUUAAUUUGGCCUCGAUGGAAAAACAAAUCGAAUGUUCUGACUUCCGAUUCUGCAAACACGAAAUACAUUGAAACGUGGAACAAUUUCUGUAGUAUCCUUAAUUGUGUUUUGUUGAUGCUCUGUUUGACGGCUUAUAUGUUCUUAAUAAUAUUAUAUGUGCCAAGAUCACCAUCUUUCAUCACCACCACCUAAUUAAGAAAAGUUAAAUCUCACAUUCAUAAAACAAAAUAAUAAAAAAAACAAAGUUCAAUAACAAAUUAAUGAAAUUUU